CCAGGCGUCAGGGGGCGUGGUUGCGGCGGUGCCUCAGCCGCCGCCAUUUUGUGGGGCCGGCGGGCGGGCGGGCGAUGUCGGCGUUCUCGGAGGCGGCGCUGGAGCGGAAGCUGUCGGAGCUGAGCAACUCGCAGCAGAGCGUGCAGACCCUCAGCCUCUGGCUCAUCCACCACCGCAAGCACUCGCCCCUCAUCGUCGCCGUCUGGGAGCGCGAGCUGCGCAAAGCAAAACCAAACAGGAAAUUAACAUUCUUGUACCUGGCCAAUGAUGUCAUUCAGAACAGCAAAAGGAAAGGACCAGAAUUUACAAAAGACUUUGCCCCAGUCAUAGUGGAAGCUUUUAAGCACGUUUCCAGUGAGACUGACGAAAGCUGUAAGAAGCACUUGGGCCGGGUGCUGUCGAUCUGGGAAGAGAGAUCCGUUUACGAAAACGAUGUCUUGGAACAGCUUCGACAUGCUUUGUAUGGUGAAAAAGCCCCAAGGAAACGCACAUAUGAACAGAUAAAAGUAGAGGACAACAACUGCUCUGCCCAGGGUUCUCCGUGUGAUCCUCCACAGACUACAGAUCUCAUUAGAGCUUUGCAAGAACUAGAAAAUGCAGCCUCUGGGGAUGCAGCCGUUCAUCAGAGAAUAGCUUCAUUACCUGUAGAGGUCCAGGAUGCGUCCUUACUUGAUAGAAUAACAGAUAAAGAAUCAGGAGAGCAGCUUUCAAAGAUGGUAGAGGACGCUUGUAUGUUGCUGGCGGAUUACAACGGCCGGUUGGCAGCUGAAAUAGAUGAUAGGAAACAGCUGACGCGAAUGCUGUCUGAUUUUCUGCGAUGUCAAAAAGAAGUUCUCACUGAGAAAGAGCAAACAUUGGAAGAAUACAAGCACAAGCUAGCCAGAGUCUCUCAGGUACGGAAGGAGCUCAAGUCACGCCUCCAGAGCCUUCCGGACCUCUCGAGGCUCCCCAACGUUACAGGAAGCCAAGUGCAUCUUCCAUUUGCCGGGGAUGUUUACAGCGACGAUUGACAUUCAGACGCUCUGCCGGGGUCAGGUUAACGGAUUGAUAUUAUUUUUGUAUGUUUGUUCAGAAUAGCCCUAUGUGUUCUAAUUUAUAUGACUUGUUAAAUGUUGGUUAAUUCUUUUACUGACAAGUGGUGAAACAGGUACUAUGUUUGUAAGAGGCAGCAUCAGUGUAUUAUGUUAAAGAAAGAGCAAUUAUUGUAAUUAUCUUUUGUACUCACUUUGAUUAGAUGCCUCCCCCAUUAGAAAAUGGGUUCUACUUUGAUUUUGCCUACAUGCACCUCCUCAGACGUCGUUCCAGUAACAUAAAGCAAAGUGUUCAUGUUAAGAAUUUGCAGUUCAGCUGCAAGUGGGAAACCAGGGAAAUGGAUCCUUUUGCUUAUAAAAGAUAACCCCUGAAAUGAUGUCUGAAACACGAGUCAUAGGUCCCCUUCUCGGGAAAAAAAAUAAUUUACAUAAUAUGCUGUUAUUAAAAAUGUUUGAACGUGAAUGUAAAAUUGUAUUAAAUACAUUGAAUGACCAAAAA